UUUCUCACUACCGCAGUCUACCGAUUAAGAUCGAACGCUGCGGCCGUACCGAGGGGCGCCCGGAGAGCGGGCCUUUGACCAGUCUUUUCGGGGGAGAAGUGUCGGCCCAGAGAACCACUGGUCAAAAGAAUGGAUUUUACAGAGGCUUAUUCUGACACAUGUUCCACAGUUGGGCUUGCUGCCAGGGAAGGUAAUGUGAAAGUCUUGAGAAAACUGCUCAGAAAGGGACGCAGCAUUGAUGUUGCUGAUAACAGAGGAUGGAUGCCAAUUCAUGAAGCAGCUUAUCAUAAUUCUGUAGAAUGUUUGCGGAUGUUAAUUCAUGCAGAGUCAUCUGAAAACUACAUUAAGACAAAGACUUUUGAAGGCUUGUCUGCAUUACAUCUUGCUGCAAGUCAAGGACAUUGGAAGAUUGUACAGAUUCUUUUAGAAGCUGGAGCAGAUCCUAAUGAAACAACUUUAGAGGAAACCACACCACUGUUUUUAGCUGUUGAAAAUGGACAGAUAGAUGUAUUAAGGCUGUUGCUUCGACGUGGAGCAAAUGUUAAUGGGUCCCAUUCUAUGUGUGGAUGGAAUGCCUUGCACCAGGCUGCUUUUCAGGAAAAUGCUGAAAUCAUAAAAUUGCUUCUUAAAAAAGGAGCCAAUAAAGAAUGCCAAGAUGACUUUGGAAUCACACCUUUAUUUGUGGCUGCUGAGUAUGGCAAGCUUGAAAGCUUGAACAUUCUUAUUUCAUCAGGUGCAAAUGUCAAUUGUCAAGCUUUGGACAAAGCUACUCCCUUGUUCAUUGCUGCUCAAGAGGGCCAUACAGAAUGUGUGGAGCUUUUGCUGUCCAGUGGGGCAGACCCUAAUCUUUACUGUAAUGAGGACUACUGGCAGUUACCUAUUCAUGCAGCUGCACAAAUGGGCCAUACAAAAAUCUUGGAUUUGUUGAUACCACUUACUAACCGGGUCUGUGAUACUGGACCAGACAAAGUGAGCCCUGUGUACUCAGCAGUGUUUGGGGGACAUGAAGAAUGCCUGGAGAUGUUACUCCAGUGUGGCUACAGCCCAGAUGCACAAACAUGUCUUGUCUUUGGUUUCAGUUCUCCCAUGUGUAUGGCUUUCCAAAAGGACUGUGAAUUCUUUGGAAUUGUGAAUAUUCUUUUGAAAUACGGCGCCCAACUAAAUGAACUUCAUCUGGCGUACUGCCUAAAGUAUGAGAAGUUUACAGUAUUUCGCUACUUUUUGAAGAAAGGUUGCCCGCUGGCAUCGUGGAACCAUAUGUCUGAGUUUAUAAAUCAUGCAGUUAAAGCACAGACAAAAUACAAAGAAUGGUUACCAUCUCUUUUGCUUGCUGGAUUUGACCCAGUGAAUAUACUCUGCAGUACUUGGAUUGACUUAGUCAGUGAUGACAUCCUUGUCUUCACAUUGGAGUUUACUAAUUGGAGGAGACUUCCUCUAAAUGUUGAAAAGAUGCUCUCUGUUCGUGCCUCAAACUCCUCUUCGGUGCUACAGCAACAUAUUGCAUCUGUUCCAUCCCUGACCCACCUUUGCCGUUUGGAAAUUCGGUCUAGUCUAAAGCCAGAACAACUACGAUCUGACAAUUUUAUCUGCCAGUUGCCACUUCCCAAAAGCUUACAUAAUUACUUGCUAUAUGCAGAUGUCUUGAGGAUGAAUGAAGUUCCAGAACUGGCAGUUAUUCAAGAUGGAGAAAUCAUUGGAGCUACUUAAUAUGGCUCAUGUCUUACUCUGAAAACCACCAAGACAAGGCGCCAUGGAGUACAAAUUCUUCAUGAUUUAAUAGUCACAAAAUAGAUUAUUGUUUGUGUGGUUAGUUAGAUUUUGGGGACAAUAGUUUAAUGUGAAUGUUUACAACUGGGCUUCCUGGUAAAAAUAUAUUGUAAACCUCAUUACUCUAUUGCAGUUCCAUUACCAGAACAUUUUAUGUUGUGAUAUUCAGGUACUAAACCAUUUUCUGCUUCAUUCUGAUAAUGAACUAUGAUGCUGCUUCUAGUGCUAAAUACGGCAUAUUUUCACCUAUAUUCUGUGUUUAUUGUGGGCUAAGAACUUAGAAUGGAAAGCAUAAAACUUCACAGCAAAUGACAACAGUGGGCUUGAAUCUAUUAUUUUAUUUGAAGUUGAAUAUGUUUAUAAAAGAAAAAGUUUUCAUUCAGUCACUUUUCUGACAAAUUUGAUAUUCACUAGUAAAUUCAGGGGAGAAAAUUGUCUUAAAGAGUAUGGAAAGGGAAUAAUUUUGCUGCUCUUUUUUUUUUUUUUACAGUUCAUUGGUACUCUUUUUGGCUAAAAAAAAAAGCUCCAUUUCUAAUCUGCAAAGGCAUGAACAGACCUAAACCCAAGGAUAUAUGUUCAAUUGAAAAAAAUUAGGUCAGUAUUGAGAUAAGUCACAUUUAGAAUACUAAUCAGGAGAUGGGGAGGGGCCGUUCUGUGGCACCAUCUAUAAAGAAAGAAAGUGUGUGUCCUGUCCCUGAGUCAUUUAGUAUCAAAUAAAACAUUUAAGCUUCAUUCAGCUUUCAACACAGAGGGUAGCUUUAAGCCUAUGAAGCAAUCAUAGUCAGUUCUAUUGAUAUUAUAAUAUUUUUACUUUUUAUUACCAGAUAGGUAUUUAAAUAGUUCAUGAAUUUUAAAUCUCAGAAUCUUAGAUUGAUGAGAUACUGCCCCAUUGGUUUCAAAAUUGCUUGAUCUGAAUCUAGAAUCAGAGAGCAAUAUGAAGGGAAUCAAUUAAGCUAUGAUGAGAGUGUGGGCACCAACUUUGGAAGGUUCUGAAAGCAUUACUGUCAUGAUGGACAACGGGAGGUGGGGUCCAACAGAGGGCAAGUCCUUUGGAAUUCUGUGACUAAAAAUAGGUGGAGUGAGUCAGUCUCUAAUAGGCCUUUGCUGCUUGAUAAAAGCAGUGUUGGAGAUAUAGUUAAGGUCCAUACAGACUCAGCUCAAAUUGGAAAUAUAGUUGCUACUUGUAGGUAGAUACUGAGUUUCCCUUUGGGUCUACAGGAAAAAAAUGAAGUUAAAUAUGGAAAGCCAGGUGGAAAUCUGAAACUUUAAUAAAGAAAUUCCAAGAAUG